UGCAAAACAAUGGUACUGCUUUCAGAGAGCUGCAAGUGAGACUGAGGGUCAAGUCCCUUUAAAAAAAAAAGUGAAAUACAGUAUUGUGCAUCUUGAAAUCUGAAACCAAGACACAGAAGUGCAAGGGAAACAAGGGGGAAAGUCUUGCAAUUCCUGAGGACAACUGUUGCAAGUGGAGUUUUAAGGAAUAAAAUAUAUAUAGAUAUAUUUAAAGGUCGUUGAAUGGCUUUUGUGGAAAAACCUGUGAAAUAAAGGAGCCUUGGAAGAAGAGAUUUCUUUUUCUCCUCCUCUCUGGAUAUAAUGGCCAUUGCAAAGCAAAGCAUCUUGAGAUUUGGCUUUAAAUGUCUCUUUCUAGCAACUUUCAUGCUAGCCUGUGAUGGACAAGGUGGAAAGAGAGAGAAUGGUGGUCCUGCCUGUUACGGAGGAUUUGAUUUGUAUUUCAUUCUGGACAAAUCAGGAAGUGUCCUGCACCAUUGGAAUGAAAUAUAUCAUUUUGUGGAACAUUUGGCCCGCAAGUUCAUAAGCCCUCAGCUGAGGAUGUCCUUCAUCGUUUUUUCAACUAGAGGGACAAUUCUAAUGAGGUUAACAGAAGACAGGGAGCAGAUACGCCAGGGUCUAGAAGAACUGCAGAAAGUCCUUCCAGGAGGCGACACAUACAUGCAUGAAGGGUUUGAAAGGGCAAGUGAACAGAUUUACUAUGAAAAUGUUCACGGUUACAGAACUGCAAGUGUCAUCAUUGCAUUGACAGAUGGAGAACUCCAUGAAGACCUAUUUUUCUACUCUGAGAGGGAGGCUAAUCGGUCGCGUGACCUGGGAGCAACAGUAUAUUGUGUUGGUGUGAAAGACUUCAAUGAGACCCAGCUGGCUAGAAUUGCCGACAGCAAAGAUCACGUCUUUCCAGUGAAUGAUGGUUUUCAAGCCCUUCAGGGGAUCAUAGACUCCGCUGCCAGCAGCUCAGACGGUCCUGGUUCCUUCAGUCCCUCGAUUUUGAAGAAAUCCUGCAUAGAAAUUCUGGCAGCAGAGCCUUCCAGUAUAUGUGCAGGGGAGUCGUUUCAGGUUGUUGUGAGAGGAAACGGAUUUCGACAUGCCCGUAAUGUUGACAGAGUGCUCUGCAGUUUCAGGAUCAAUGACACGGUUACUCUCAAUGAGAAGCCUUUUGUAGUGGAAGAUACCUACUUGCUCUGCCCAGCACCUGUGCUACGAGAAGUUGGCAUGGAAGCAGCUCUCCAAGUCAGUAUGAAUGAUGGUUUGAGCUUCAUCUCUAGCUCCGUCAUCAUCUCCAGCACACACUGUUCAGAUGGGACCAUCCUGGCUAUCGCUCUGUUGAUCCUCUUCCUCCUGCUGGCGUUGGUUCUUCUCUGGUGGUUCUGGCCUCUUUGCUGCACAGUGAUCAUCAAAGAGCCCCCUCCCCCUCCUGCAGAAGACAGUGAGGAGGAAGAUGAUGAUGGCCUUCCAAAGAAGAAGUGGCCAACAGUAGAUGCCUCUUAUUAUGGUGGACGAGGAGUUGGUGGCAUCAAACGAAUGGAGGUGCGCUGGGGAGAAAAGGGCUCCACUGAAGAAGGUGCUAAGUUAGAGAAAGCCAAGAAUGCCAGAGUCAAGAUGCCAGAACAGGAAUACGAGUUCCCUGAACCCAGGAAUCUUGUGAACAACAUGCGCAGGCCUUCCUCUCCUCGGAAGUGGUACUCUCCAAUCAAGGGGAAAUUGGAUGCUCUCUGGGUCUUGCUGCGGAAGGGUUAUGACCGUGUAUCUGUGAUGCGCCCACAGCCCGGAGACAAGGGCCGUUGCAUCAAUUUCACCAGAGUGAAGAACACAGAGGCCCCACCCAAAUACCCGCUCAACAACGCAUACCCUCCGUCAUCUCCACCUCCAGCACUCAUCUACAACCCCCCGCCCCCAGCUCCGAUCUAUACCCCCCCUCCGCCCAGCUCACCCACACCCCACACCCCGUCCCCGUCCUCCACGCUCCCACCACUCCCCCCACCACCCCAAGCCCCACCACCCAACCGGGCUCCCCCUCCCUCUCGGCCCCCACCUCGCCCAACAGUCUAGGGGGUUGGCCUUGCUCCCGUCUCUUCCACAAGCGUUCGAGGGGCUUUUUCAGCAGUACUGUAUCACAUCCAUCUUCCUGGGGGGGUGGGGAGGGCUAGAGGAAGCCGGACCGUUUUUGAAGUGGGUGACAACAGAACGAACGACUUUGUAGUCGUCUUUCUCCUUUAGUUUUCUUUUAUUUUUAAAAUCCCUUGUGCAUCAGUGCCACCAAAUUAUCGAAGCAAGAAAAGCCAAGAGACUGCAGGAACAAGGCAAAUAACUUGAGUUCCAUUUCAGCAAGGCUCUCCCCCCUCUUUGGCCCUGACACUUCCCUGCGCCUUACCAUGGCAAUUCCAGGAUACAUUGAAAAAAAGGAAUGAAUAACUAGAGUAAGCUCUUGGGAAAGGCAAUUCUCCCCGGGGAAGGACUGCAAAAGACUCUUCCAAGUGCAGACAUCCCAGCUAGCUACCUGGAGACAACUGCACAAACUUCAUGGUACAAGACUCAAGGUAUGACAGAAAGCUGAUCACAUCUCACUCACAUGGCAGCUGCCGAGCAAAUAAUGACAACAGCAGGUCUUUAAGUACAGAAACCCUUGUAAAUCCAACAAGAACUGAUGACAGGCAGCUGUUCCCAUGGACCAUGAACCGGAGAAGGGAAGGUAUUGUCGUCUCGGGUGGGUCUGGAAAGGAGAAGGGGGAGGUCUCUGAUGUCUGGAUUUGCGUAUGUUGGUAUGUGGAAGUGCAGGUGAAUGAAAACAGAGUGCCACUAGGAAAAUGAAUUACAUGGAAAAAUAAACCAGUCAGUAUGUCACAAGGCUUUGACCCCAUCCCCGGAGGACGAGGAAUAACUGACGCCAGGUCAGCCUUCAGUGCUUCCAGUGGGACAGAGGAGUUCAUAAAAAUUGAGCAAAGGAAUCUGGGAAAGGUAUGGCUGACAGAAGAGCCUUUGCAUUCAGUUUCGACUAAUUAUGUCCAUCUAGUUAAUAGCUCUGCAGUUCAGCAGUGUCGUUUAAUGCCGGUUUCCAUUUUAAAGCAAAAGUUUCUGAAUAUAAACAGGAGGUUAGGUGUAUCGAUUUCUCUAAAUCCAGUCUGCUUGGGCUCCUUGUUAUUGUCAGUUUGAAAUGGUUACCACUGAUGUGUUUCUGUUUUUUCUGUAAAUUGCAUUCUUUCACCCUGGAAAUGUUUCCACAUGGAUUUUUAUUUUUUGUUUUCCUUUCCUGAAUAAGUAGCAGAUGCCUUCCAAACUCAUAGUGAAGAAGAGCCAGUGUGCUUACUCAAUCUUGUCAGCUCUCAACAACAUCACUUCUAUUAGCAGCUGUUGACUAAGGCAAAAAUGAACACACCGGACGCACAAGAUGGGAAUCAGUCUUCCAAGAAAUGCACUGGCUGCAUUUCUCCAUGCUUUCUCCUCACCUUCAUGGGACCCCCACCAUAUUCCACAAUAUUGCGUACGCACAUUUUUAUCCUGUAGCAAACCUUCUGAGCACCUGCCUUUGCAACACAGUGCUAGAAAUAGGUGAGAUCUCUCAGCACUUCAGUCAAACCUCUGGCUCUCUAAUUUACUGUCAGGAUCAGUUCUCACGAAAUGACUCUCUCUCUGGAAAUUGCGAAGUCAUAAGAGUCAUCUUUGUAGCUGCAGUUCUACAAAUAUCUAAGGGUUCUCAUAAUCAUGUAAUUUUCUACCAGAUAAAGAAAUGCUUUGCCAAUACUUACUUCACUGCUGUUGGAAAUAUUAAUUCUAGCUUUUCUAGCAAAAAAAGAAAAAAGGAAAAAGAAAAAAAAUGCUCAAGGAGGAAAGGGAACAGACGAAAAGACUCAGUGGAGACUUGACUUGGGACCCUUUUGGUAAGGACAUUUGUGAAUGAACCCCUACCAUGAGACUCAGAGUCAGGCUAUAACUGUCAUUGACCAGCCUUACCCACCACUAGGCCAGCGUCUCAUCUAUGAGACGAGAUAAAUACAGCAGUCACGAUGGAGCUGAGGACUCAAUUGACAGCCAAGGCUGGCUGUUCUGCAAAAAGGCCGAUUAAUUCACCCCCAACACUGUUUUGUCUGCAGGCAGCACAGAGCAGUCCCCGAACAGAGCAAGACCAACAGUUUUGCUACUCGCUAUGUCAGAUUGCAUCAGCUACAGGCCGUGGUUAGUUCAACAAGACGACUUUGUGAUUGGCAGGGGGAAGAGGGAAGCUUUUAACACCCUGACACAAGUUUGGUUGGACUCCCUCUUGUGAUGGAUGGGAUCUGGUUUAAUAGCUGUUUGAUUUGGUUUCAUGAUGAAAGGUGUAAAAACCAGGAAUAGUGUAAUACAGGAUCAAUAGAUAUUUUUAUUAAUGGAUCCUCAGUAUUUCAAAGAAGUUUGGAAAGGAAAUUGUUUUUAACAAUACAGCAUUGAGCAUUUUUUUUAAGUGUCAAUUAACCAACAAAUCUAAACCUAGUGCUGGGGAAAAAAUAUGCUCCAUGACUAAAGCUAACUUCUUGCAGAUGUAUAUAGAAAUUUUCAUUCUCCCCAAACUAAGGGAAAAAAUCCCCUGUGGUAUUAAAGAUGCAAAAUAAAACCUAGAUCAGGCUAGAAAAAUAAUAAUUUUAAAAUACCCCCUAUCUAAUCAUCCAGUUUGUGAAUAAAAAACAAACUCCAAAUUUUUUGUUGUACAUAUUGUUACUGCAUGCUUACCAUAUGUUAGAUGGAAGCAUUUCCUAUCCAUUGUGGAUAAAAGAACAUUUUUCAAGUUGUAGUAAAUUAUUAUAAAGCCAAUGACAUUUCAUGGCAUGUUAUCGUAUCAAGCUGUGCUUGUUGUAUUUUUUCUUUAUGGUUGUAUUGCUUUUUUAUAAAUGUACAAAUAUUUCCUGUAGUGACGAAUACCUAUUUUACAUGGCAUUAAUUGAAGCACUAGAGCUCCAGGCUAUACGCUCCCUUAAUCCACUGGCAAAGAGUUUUUGCACGUCGAUCCAGAGUGCAGUGGGUAGAGACAAACGUGGGGUAAGCAGAUGCCGAAGCAGGGCACCCAUGCUGCUGCCAGUGAAUCGGUUUUGGUGGACCCUUGCUAACGUUCUCAGAAAAAUCAGAGCAUGUUUGGUGGUGGACUUUGUACCUGGUCUUGCAUUUAGGAUCAACCCAAUUGUGGCUGCUACAAUGGCUUCCCAAAAAUACCGCACAUGCUUUUUAAAAUCAUAGUCCUUUUCUGCCGGUCCUUAAGGAUUAACUUAGGUACUUACUGUAAGGCAAUCAAGAGUGAAAAUCUGGUCCUGAAUUUAAAUCAGCUUCCACUGACAAUUAAUGCUAUGUAAAUGAGGUUGAAUUAGCUGGUGUACCACAUACUGAGGUAUGGUACCCUAUGUAUUCUCUGUCUAUAAAACUUUCCUAGAAACACAUUACACAGGCUAUCAAUCCACACUAGCCAGUUUUUAAGUAAACGUUCAUUAUAGAUCAAAAGGAGUUGAGUGGCACUACAUCUGCUCUGCAAUUUCAAAAGACUUCAGCAGGUCUCACUGUUUACUAGUUGCACAUGCUCCUCUAAAGGCUGGUCUAAACAGCAAUAAACAGACGUCUGAUGGCAUUAAAGAAACAGUUGUUUCAUUUGCUCUAAAUAGGUCACUUUGAUUACUCCCGUUGUUUUUCAUUCAUGCAAAACUUUCUGUCAGCGUGUCUUGCAGCCUCAAAGGACUAAGCAGCUGCAUUUGACAAAAAUUCAGAUUUUUUUUUUUAAUUGCUAAAAUAUUACAAAUUGUUGCUGGCUGUAUUUUGAAGCAUUCACCCACAUGAACUUUGCAGUCAUCCGAAUUCUCUCUCUACUCCUUGGUGUGUGAAGGCAUCUUCUGUCACUGUUUAUUCUGGGGAAGGGGGGGAAUGUCUGGCUUCUGAGAGCUCUGGCAAGACUUGAGGAUAACCAGUCGGUAACGUUGCCUUAUAUGCGGCGCUGAUGCAGCAAAGGAAAAGAAACAAGCCUUCCGUUUCGAUGUUGAAUUACGUUUUGUCAGUUCAGCCAGUGCUGUGCAAUGAUGUUUUACUCUCUCUGUUUGUUGCAUGUGUCAUUUGUUAAAUUCAGCCAUUACUCUUGCUGACCUUGAUGUUAUUAUUAAAGAACUACACGAAUUUGUGUUG